UGCAGCUCCAAAACUCAGUUGUUUAUAAUGACUUGGAGUGUGUUCCCAUUUCUGUUGGCGGCUCUCUUACGGCCGCUUCGUGGAGAUCUGGAUGCCCAAAGCCGCAUCAUUGGAGGAUAUGAUGCGGACAUUGAAGAUGCCCCGUACCAGGCGGAAGUGAUAAUAGAUGGCACUGCUAUAUGCAGUGGGGCCAUCAUCACAUCAGACACCAUACUCACGGCAGCUUCGUGUGUCCAGUCCUACAGUUCAAUUGAAGUACGCGUGGGCACCAGCUCCCGCGAUUAUGAUGGAACUGGAUUCCUGCUCGACGUCUGUGAAAUAAUUGAUCACCCGCAGUACAAUUGCUGGCGCUUCGAUAACAACCUGGCACUGUUGAAGUUGUGCGAUCCGCUCAAGACCUCCGAUGCUAUCCAGCCCAUCAGCAUAGCAGAGGAUGAGCCGGACGAUGGUUCCUGGUGCACUGUUUCCGGCUGGGGAUCCACCAGUUGGUGGGGCAGCUGGUGGGACAGGUGCUUCGGCAGUCUGCCAGACCAUCUGCAGAUGGCAUGGGUCAGCGUCUACAAUCGGGAGCAGUGCGCCGCGGAUCGGGGUGUUUGGUUCGACCUCUGGGACAAUGGCAUCUCGUACCUCACCCUCUGCACUCAGUACGGCGCCGGAGGAUGCUCCUACGACACUGGAGCUCCCUUGGUGAAAGAUGGACAACUAGUGGGCAUUCUAUCCGAAGGCGGCUGCACCACCAAACCAGAUGUCUUCGCCAAUGUACCUUGGUUCACAGGUUGGAUAGCCGAGAACACCAAAGGCGAGGAUACAACCGAUUCGACAAGUACUUCUAGUGCUAUUAGUACCACUGUUUCUAGCACUACACCUGCUACUGUACCUAGUACUGAACAUAGCACAUUAUCUGUGACAGUACCUAGUACUGAACCUUCAACCAGUACCGUAUCCAGUACCAUAUCUAGUACCUUGCCUAGUACAGUAUCUAGUACUGAAAAAAUUACUGUACCGAGUACUUUAGUCAGUACGGUGCCUAGCACUGUGCCUACUACUAUACCUAGUACUGCACCUAGUACUGUACCAAUUGCUUUGCAAAGUACUGAACCGAGUUCUGUACCUAGUACUGAACCGAGUUCUGUACCAAGUUUUGAACCGAGUUCUGUACCUAGUACCGAACCGAGUUCUGUACCUAGUACUGAACCGAGUUCUGUACCUAGUACUGAACCGAGUUCUGUACCUAGUACUGAACCGAGUUCUGUACCUAGUACUGAACCGAGUUCUGUACCUAGUACUGAACCGAGUUCUGUACCUAGUACUGAACCGAGUUCUGUACCUAGUACUGAACCGAGUUCUGUACCUAGUACUGAACCGACUACCAUACCUUCUGCUGUACCCAGUACUGUGACAAGCACUAUAGCGAGUACUGAGCCCAAUACAGUACCUACUACUGUACCCAGUACUAUGACGAGUACUAUAGCGAGUACUGAACCCAGUACCAUACCUAGUGCUGGACCUAGUACUUUAGCCAGUACAAUACCUAGUACUCCCGUUACUACGUCGAGUCCUUCGCCUAGCAUAACAACUACGAUUAUGACGGAAACUGAACCAAUAUCCACUGAAAGCCCUGAUCUCGAGGGAUAAUAAAGAAGGCAUAGAAUAGUGUCCCGCCUGUAAAUGUUUAACUUUAAGCUAACUAAUUAACACUCCUUAAUAAAAGAAACUGUGACAUCAGCUUUCAUGUCGAGCUUAGCUCGUUUUA